GGAAGGAAAGUCAAAGUCCAUGUUCGGCCACAGUUUAGUUAAGAUAGGUAGUGGUAUUCUGUUGAUGUAGAAAGUAAUUUUGUGUUGGUGUUUUAUGUCGAAAACGUAGAUUGUCUAAUCAUAUUAUAUACGUAUGAUAACUUAAAUAUACCGAAUAAAUGCUAUAUAACUCAAUUUAUGGUACAAAUAUAUAAAGCAAUUUCUUAAAAUAAUCUUCCAAAGUAAUCGAAACAAGUGCCUAAUAUUUUCUGUCUUUUGUUAUUUAUAUAUUGUCAUUGAAUAGUGUUCGUCGAGCGUUUAAUGUUUUCCGCGAAGCUUGCAAUGGUCCGAGCUGUUUUCUAGCAUCGUCCUGUACUGUACAAUAUUUUGCAUGAGGUCACGACGGCGGUGUGGUGUACGCAUGGAAGCCCGGCGGACUGGUGACCCCGCGCUGCACUCGUUGCGCGCGAAGUUUCGCCGUGCGCUACCGGGAUGGACCGCGCACGCGUCUCGCCGCCGUCGGAUCGCGCGAACCCUCGGCCGCUCCAAGGAGGAUCCCGCGGAACCCUUGACUCCCCUCCCGCGGAGACCUUAAAUGAACCAGAGACUCCGCGGCCCGCGCCGCGCGCGCUCCCCUCUAUUCCCGAGAGCGAGCCCUUGCUCCGCGAUCCGCUUAGUGUCAGUGAUGUGCCGCGUAGAGCCGGUCGUCCGUUGCACGUGCAGUUCGACGCGCAAUCACCGCCCGUGCCGGUGUCCCUUACCGGCUCCAGUUCCAGUUCCAGCUCUGACGAUGAGGACGUUUCGAUCGCUGAAGCCAGGCCCCCUGACGGCGGUUGGGGUUGGGUCAUUGUCUUUGCCUCGUUCAUGGUUAACCUGAUCGCCGAUGGAAUCACGUUCAGCUUCGGCGUAUUUUUCCCACAUUUUUUGGAGUACUUCGGCGAAGGAAAGGGAAAAACCGCAUGGAUCGCCGGUAUUUUUAUGGCGAUGCCGCUGCUCUCGGGACCUAUCGCAAGUUUUCUAACAGAUAGAUAUGGUUGCCGUCGCAUGACCAUAUUUGGUUCAAUACUAGCGUUUCUAGGUUUUGUCAUUUCUGCCUUCGUGGAUAACAUGGAGACACUGUUUCUUACAUUCGGUAUCAUGGCUGGAUUUGGACUGAGUUUAUGUUACGUGGCGGCCGUAGUUAUCGUCGCUUAUUAUUUUGAAAAGAAACGUUCACUCGCUACCGGGAUCUCCGUGUGUGGAAGUGGAAUUGGCACAUUUAUAUUUGCGCCAUUGACAUAUAUCUUAUUAGAUGAAUAUGGGUGGCGUGGAACUACAUUAAUACUCGCGGGAUUUUUCUUAAAUAUGGCCGUAUGUGGAUUGUUAUUCCGUGAUUUGCCAUGGACAGCUACAAUGAACGAAGAAAGAGCAAAAGAGAGAAAAAGGAGAAGAGAGAGAAAACGAAACAAACGUUUCGGCUCCGUGGCGGCAUCUGUGGACAGCGUUUCAGACACGAAAAGUAGUGCAGCCGGCUCGAUGAAAGUGAACGAUGCAGUGGAUAUAGAGGCAGUUACUUCAUCAAUAGUUCCACAAUUCAGUUCCUUAGUAGACCUGCCUACAUUCAUGACCGGAGGCGAGGGAGUUUCGUUAGAAGUAUUUGAAUUAAUGUCCAACAGAGGACGUGCUUAUGCUCUCUUAGCACAGAAUUACCCAGGCGUGAUGUUACCAUCGAGGAGUUUUAGUGAUAGUGGGCGGUUACACGAACAGUCACCACCUAAAGCGUUGAUGUCACCAGGAAUCAAUACUCCUGGGACUCUAUCACCAUCAUCUCUACCAAGUGCUCAAGGAUCAACCACAACAAGAGCGCCUAUAAACGAGAAAGCAGCUGUGUCCCUUUGGUUAAAGAGGCAGGCGUCUGGGUCGACGAAGAAGCCGCCAGCUUUUCUAAAAGAUCUAAGGAUACACAGACAUUCCUUAACGUAUAGAGGGGCUAUGCUUAAUAUAAAUCGAUAUAGAUUACGUGCGUCUUCCUGCCCUAAUAUUUUCAGAAACUCUAUGACGACUAUUGCCAAAGGAAAGGUGCAAUGGUAUGCCGGUCUUUGGGACUUUUGGGACUUGGUUGUGGACGUUCUGGACUUUUCUCACUUCCGUAACCCUGCCUUUCUUGUGUUCGCAAUGUCCAAUUUUCUCCUUUACAUGUGGUACGAUGUACCCUACGUGUAUAUCGCAGACAAUGGGCUCAACAUGGGCUUCAAUGAAUCGCAGGCAUCGAUGUUGAUAUCCAUCAUUGGCAUUGUUAAUAUGUUUGGAGAGAUAUUCUUAGGAUGGGUGGGUGACUGGGAGUGCGCGAACCCUAGCUUGGUGUACGCAGUCUGUAUGAUCCUGUGUGGAGUUGUUACCUUCAUCAUGCCACUUCUCAGCAGCUAUUUCGGACUCGCCGCUGCAUCUGGAGCAUUUGGUGCCUUCAUUGCCGCAAACUAUUCCCUUACGAGCAUUAUUCUUGUGGAACAGAUAACGCUGGAGAAGUUCACGAAUGCGUAUGGAUUGUUGCUACUUAUUCAAGGUCUGGCGAACCUUGUUGGACCUCCAUUGGCUGGUUGGGUCUACGACAUCACGGAUUCUUAUGAUUUGUCAUUCUACUUAUCGGGAGUUUUUAUCGGAAUAUCGGGUAUAAUACUAUUUUUUAUGCCAAUUUACAAUCAAAUAAGGCAAUACAACUCUCUUCGCAAGAGAAAGACACAGAAUAAUGAGCCACAAGUAAACGGUGAAGCGAAACAGAACGGUAAACUUGUUUUGUAGAUUUUAGAAGAUUACAAAAAAUAACCUGGAAAAUAUGUGAUUGAAUAUUUAGAAUAUCAUAGAAAGGUUAUAGAGUAGGAAUUAUACACAGACUAGAUGUAAGCUAAUUUAUAGAAAAAAGAUGAUGUAGGAUGAUAGAGUUCAGGUAUUUUGAAGUAUCUGACUCAAUUGUUAGAAGCAAAUGUAUUACCAACCGACCAACGUAUUACCAAGCGACCUUAAAUAAUAUGCUAGAAAACAGAAAGUAAGGUAGCCAUCGUGAGGACGAACUUUAUAGCAGACACUAAGAAUAUUAUAAUUCUAAGAUACUUUACGCAGAAUUCUUAUUCACUUUGAAACAAAUACCUUUAAUAUGUGUAAUAUAGGAAAAAAUUUGCUUUAUUAGAAUAACUUAGUAAGAUAAUAAACAAAGAUUCAAAUAUAUUCGCGCGAUCCAGCGAUCAAUAAAUUAAGGUUGUGCGACACACAACAGGAUCGCUAUCGCCUUUGGUAUCCGUAGUUAACCUGGACAUUGCUAGUGAGAGAUGGAGCUACGCUCCCCCCCCCGAUAUGUGUGAACUGGUGCCUACUAUAAAUGUAUAAAAAGUUGUUAUUAAACAUGUUAAACUCAAAUUCAAUACAUUUUAAAAAAUUCGCUCUCUUCGAAGUCUCGUAUCCCGGACGUACCGCGAUAAAGAAUCCUCGGGCUCUUUUUAUGUUCUCUAGAAAUAAUUGUUAACUAUGCACACGUUAAUAAUGACACAGUUACGAUAUUUUCUUAUCCAAACUAAAUUGUGUGUAGCCCCAGUACUUUUUUACAUGGAUUCGCGUGAAAUAUUAGUUUUAUAAAUAUAAAUGAAUAAAACCAAGUCUUAUAAACAAUGGAAAAUGAUUAGCAUUAAGGACACGAUUAACGAUUCCCUAAAAGUAUUCUAAAUAUUAACCAAAAGUGGAGACGAUAGCUGCUACGAUAUAAAUGUAUAGAAAUCCAUAGAAAUCUAGUUGGAAGUGUGGAUUAGGAUCGUUGGUAUUAGAAUCACAGUUGAUGUUUAGUGGCUUUAUAGUGUUGUUUGAGCUGUUUGUAGUAAUGCUUGUAAGGUUGGAAUUAUUAGAAUGUCUUUGAAGUAAGUUAAGUAAUAGAUGGGAACGGAAAGUCACAUAAGGUGGAAGUGGACAGCCACAAAAAAAAAAGAAGUAAAUGUCAAGAUAAGCAUUGUAUUUGCGUUUAUUUCAAAUUUAAAUUUAUAUUGUCAAAGCAAAAAAAGAAA